AAGAAUGGGAGAUAAUAUCUUGUUUGGAUGUGAGAAAGAAAACGCGAGAAAACAAGAAGGAAAAGGAAACGAAAAAAAGAAAAGGAAGAUUCUUUCGUGGAGACAGUUUAUGGUGCUCAACUAUAUAUCAGUAGUGUCUCCAUAGUGAAAAUUUUAGCAUGAUGCUUUGUUUGAGACCGCCUCUGCCACUCAUCUCUACUAGAUUUGAAGUGAUAAAAUUCUCCAAGAGUACAAGCAGUGUGGUAGUAAGCGCUUUAAAAGGUCCACGCCCCAGAGCUCCUAGAGUAUGGAAGACAAAACCGAGAAUUGGGACUAUCUCCAAGUCUGCUAAGCUUGUUGAGUGCAUUAAGGGAUUGUCAAAUGUCAAGGAGGAAGUGUAUGGGGCACUUGAUUCCCUCAUUGCUUGGGAAUUGGAGUUUCCACUAAUUGCUGUCAAGAAAGCACUCAAGACUCUUGAGAAUGAACAAGAAUGGAAGAGGAUCAUUCAGGUAAUAAAGUGGAUGCUAAGCAAAGGUCAAGGACGGACAAUGGGAACAUAUUUUACCUUACUCAAUGCAUUAGCCGAGGAUGAGAGGCUUGAUGAAGCUGAAGAGCUUUGGACAAAACUGUUUUCAGACAACUUAGAAGGCACGCCGCGCAAUUUCUUUGAUAAAAUGAUUUCUAUUUAUUACAAGAGGGAGAUGCAUGAGAAGAUGUUUGAGAUAUUUGCUGACAUGGAGGAGCUUGGUGUUCGGCCAAGUGUUUCAAUUGUUAACAUGAUGGGAAGCGUAUUCCAGAAGCUGGGUAUGCUGGACAAAUACCGCAAAUUAAAGAAGAAAUACCCACCACCAAAGUGGGAAUAUCGAUACAUUAAAGGAAAGCGUGUUAGGCUUCGAGCAAAGCAGGUCAAUGAAUUUCUUGGUGCUAAUGAAAGUGUAAACCAGAAUGCGGAAACUCCCUAUAUUUCAAAUAAAUUGAAUGAAGAAGACAAUACAAAGUUGAAUGAAGCAAAUGUUGAGGAGGAUUUGAAUGAAUUGGAUGAAGAAUCCAGUACAAAGUCAAGUGAAGCUAAUGCUGAAGCUUCCUGUUUAAAUGAAGCUAAUGUUGAAGCGGUUUUGACUGUUUCUGACGGCCAAGAAGCCACUGGGACAAAUUUAAAUUGACAUCUGAUGUCUCUUGCUGUCUAAAUGAAGCCAACUUCGAAGAGGUUUCAGAUGAAUUCGAAGUAGAAGCCAUUAAGUUGCAAGUAAAGCUAAUUUUGAAGCUACUCAUUCUUAAGCUGUUGGACACUUGUCAAUUAAUCUGCAUCCUAGAGAGAACAGUAUCCGUUACUUAAUUGUAUAGGAUUCUUGCUAUGAGAUUGUAUUCCCUCAAGCGCAAAGGUCUACGGAAAUAUGUUAAGCUGAAAGUUGAACAUCCAUCAUGUCCGGGGAAAUUAAAUUGUAUUGGCUUCUGCAGAAAGAGAAAUAUGUUACGUACAUAACAAGUGGAAGUUGAUUUUGAAGGAUGCAUGACAUCUAGCUUAGAAAACUUCUUUCCA